GAAACAAGCAAUACGUCAAUCAAAAUGGCUACCAAACCCCUUACGCACAAUAGCAAGAGGAAGGUUGCCUCUGACGGAAAGGAGAAAGGUGAUUUCAAGAACAAGAAGCCUCGUUUGGAGGAGACAUCAAAUGGGAAGGCAUCUGGAUCAGAGCAACAAACUUCUCGAGAGUCGCAUGCGAAACAGAAGCAACUUGCUCUAGAGCGAAAAGCUGCCAAACCUUUAGCCGAUGAAGUUCAGCGAACCAAGAAGAUCUGGGAACGAUUGCGCCUCAAGUCCCACGUUCCAAAAGAUGAGCGACAGCAGCUGGUGGCAGAACUAUAUGGAAUCAUCACCGGCCGCAUCCGAGAUUUUGUCCUGAAGCAUGACGCUGUCAGAGCUGUUCAAACUGCGAUCAAAUACUCCACACCAGAGCAGCGAAAACAGAUUGCGCAGGAGCUCCAGGGAACCUAUGCGCAGCUUGCCGAAGGACGCUAUGCCAAGUUUUUAAUCGGAAAACUUCUCGUCCACAAUGACGACGAAAUCCGCGACAUCAUCAUCCCCAACUUCUACGGCAAAGUUCGAAAGCUCAUAAACCACUCCGAGGCCUCGUGGAUCUUGGAUGACAUUUACCGGACGGUCGCGACAAAGGAACAGAAGGCCCUGUUAUUGCGCGAAUGGUAUGGUCCCGAAUUCACCCUCAAGGAGUUGACCAAGGACAUCAAGGCAACUUCGGAUCUGAAGCAGAUCUUGGAAGAUGAACCGAGCAAGCGAGGACCCAUCAUGAAGAGUUUGCUGGACCUCAUCAACUCACUUGUCCAGAAACGAAUGACCGGCUUCACUAUGCUGCACGACGCAAUGCUUCAGUAUUACACAAAUACACAGCCAGGAUCCGAAGAAUUCAACGAGUUUAUGGAAUUGAUCAAGGGCGAUGAGACGGGCGAUUUGCUGAAGAAUCUUGCCUUUACCCGUUCUGGUGCAAGAAUCGUCUGCCUGCUGCUGGCGUACGGUACGGCCAAAGAUCGAAAGGUCUUACUGAAAGCUUACAAAGAUACCUUUACGUUGAUGUCGGGAGAUCAAUACGGCCACCUCGUGCUCUUGACAGCCUACGAUGUUAUCGAUGACACUAAGCUGACCUCGAAAGCUAUUUUCCCGGAGCUUGUUGGAGAAAAAGAGGAGGAGGUUGCACAGAACAUUGUCGCUGCUGCCAACAACGCUAAUGCCAGAAUUACUCUUCUCUAUCUGCUCGAAGGAUUUUCCAAGUCGCUGUUCCCUGCCAGCAACGCUUAUGACUUGGAUGUGCUGAAGGAAGUUCACGAGAUCCGCAAAACCACAAGCAAGAAGGAGGAUGACGUUCGACGCAAAGAACUUUCAGCAGUGCUAUCGCCAUCCUUGAUUGAUGCAAUUGCCGCCUCGCCUUCUGACCUCACCUCAACGCCAUUCGGCUGCCAGUUUGUCGCCGAUGUUCUCCUUUCUGGAAUCGGAGACAAGCAAAAGGCGCUGGAGGCCCUUGCUCAGUCUGUUAGCGGUAGCCCCAAGCAAGAGCCGUCAGAAGACGAAAUUGCUCCUAGAUCGCACAUUGCCAAUACACCUUUUGGAGGCCGAAUGCUCAAAUCUCUCAUCCAAGGUGGCCGUUUUGACAGGGCCACUGGCAAGGUGAAGCUGGUUGAGCCGCCGUUGGGCUUUUCUAACAUUCUGUACCCCGUCGUGAAGAAGCACAUCAUGGAUUGGGCUACUGGGCCAAGUUCAUUUGUCGUGGUCGCUUUACUUGAGAGUGAAGAAUUCACUAGUGCAGAAGAAUUGAAGAAGACACUGAAGAAGAACAAGAAGGAGUUGCAAAAGGCGGCGACCGAGCCAACCGCGGAGCAAAAGGCUGCCAAGGAGGCUAGCGAGGGUGAUGAGGCUGGGAAGAAGGGCAAGAAGAUGGAGGCGCCCGUGGGCAACAAGGGUAGCAAGCUGCUGUUGGAAAAGCUGUGAAGCAGUACUGUGGAUCAGCCGCAGAUGGUCAUCAUAUUCCCCAUAUCCUCAACGGAGCAUGUAGCGAGAGCCACGUCUCCUAUCAGCUCUAUUCUUUCAUUGCAGCAGCCUAAUAUAAUGAUUUUCAAGUGUUCGCAAACCUGAUAACUGCCUUGAGGUGGAAUGGAUAUAUUAACCAAGAGUGAAGAAAAGAAAGACAUCCAGCAAGGCGAAAGUUAUUGUCACGAGGCUGUUUGUAACACAAAGCAAAGUAUAGCGGGGAGGAGGUGAUGCCUCGGUUGGUUUGCGUUUUGGAUGUCUGCGAGGAGCCGAGUUGUUUGUUCCAUGACGAGUCGUCCCCUGGCGAGUUUGAGAUGUGUAUGCCAGAGAACACUAAGAAUAUCGACAUGUACAGCACAGGUACCACUCAUGAUUCCACUGGGGGGGUCACACAAAGGCAAAGGACCUGAUGGAGGUUGGUCGGCGAAGCAGAGUAAGGAAAGCUGGGGAUCGCAGAUUGGUCCGAGUUGCUGCUCACGAGUUUCCGGAUGCGUUUGGUUGUUGCUGAAUGAGGCGAUGCAAGGAGCUCCAAGAAUAGAAUUGGGAGAGGGCAUUGCAUGUUGGUAGACGGCAAAACUCGUAUAUUUUCGAAAUGCUCAAAGAGAUGCAGAGUAGUCGCACUUAGUCAACGCGUCGUAGCACAAGAAAUCAAGGCAGAAGAUCAAGAAACG